AUGUUACCUCUAAAAGAGGAUGAAGAAUAUGCGAAGUUCCCAAAGCUGUUUCACCUUGACGAAUAUCACGAGUGUCUGAAACAAGCAGACGGGCGCUACUGUGUUGGCACCUUCCACGUCAAACCUUUGCAGGAACCAGAUCAUAUUUACGAACUCAUGAAGGAAUACUCUCUUGACGACCACAACUUCAACCGGACGCUUAUUCACCGCGGUGUCUGCGUGAGCUCCCGCUGCCCUUCACUAUCGCACGUACACAAUGUGUCAGAGCGCUUCGACCGCUGCGUGGCACAGGAUUCUAACCAACGAUCGCUCCAAACGAAACUAACUGAGCUGAUAUAUUGCCGUUCACAUGCAGAAGAUGACGCUUUCAACAAUACCAACGCUGCAAUAGAAACGCCUCACAGGGUUUUUGUUUACGCAGUACUGGGUCUUCUAGCGCUGAAUGUGAUCGGUACUAUAUAUGAUAAAGUGAAAGGAGAUGAUGCAAACAAAUCAAAGAUAUUAAUGUCGUGGUCCAUUUUAUCUAAUUGGAAGGAACUUGUCGGUCCCUAUCCUGAUGGAGAUCCACGCUUAGCAGCAGUACUCCCAUUUGCAAGUUUUAGGAUUAUGCCUGUUUACAUUCUGGUGAUUGGAUUCGCUGCUACCUGGUGGCCGCUGAUGAGUGACGGUCCUCUCUGGCACUCUUUUGUUGGCAAAGAGUCACAAAUAUGCCGCCACAAGUUCUGGAAUCAUGCAUUUUUCAUCAGAAAUUUCUUUACAGCUGAACCAUUCUGUUUAGCACAAACUUGGUCUCUGGCAGCAGACAUGCAGCUAUAUAUUUUGGGAUGUUUGGUCAUUCUGUGUCUGCAACGAGUGAGGAGACUGGCUCUUCUACUUCUGGGCAUCGGCUUUGUAUUGUUUAGUAUUCUAAACGCCAUCUUAUCUUACAUCAAUCUAUGGAGACCCUUUAUGCUGAUAUCUGGGCCAGAGAACUUGCGGACCAUGUUCAUAAACGAGCCAUCAUUUUAUAAAUUCUAUUUGAGUUCUGUGACCAGUUUGUCUGCUAUGAUGGCUGGGCUCUUCCUCGCAUAUUUAUACUACCAGAUCAAUAAGACAGGAGUCAGGCGUCAUGAUAAUAAGUGGUUGUUCUACACGAGUAUUCUUAUGUUAAUAAUUUGGCCAAGCUGUGGAUACUUUCUGCAAAUCUACAUGUCCAGAGAAUUCUCUGCUUUUUACAUGGCUUUUGAGAGGCUCGUAACCUUGAUUUUAUCGGGCAUGCUAUUAUUUAGCAUGUUUAAUAGAAUGCUCAAGAAAAAGUUAAAAACACACACGGCCAACACUCCAACAAAAGAUUCUCCAAAACGCAUGUUCUCUUGGCGCAUCUGGUACCCGCUGGGCCGGUCAUCACUUUCUGUUUUGAUGUUACACUGGUGCGUCAACAUGAUGUUUACGGCUUCUACACUACAGCCAAUCACCAGAAAUGCUCUGAGCGUGACUGCAGAUACCAUAACAACUACAUUCGUCACGUACCUGCUAGCUUUACCGGUCACUCUGUUAGUUGAAAUUCCCUUCACUACGUUAUAUUCGGCAUUAACCUCACGACAGAAACAAGAAUAG